GGUGAAAAGUAGUUUAAUUCGCGAAAUGAAAAUUGAAGUGCUAAUGAAAAAGUAAAUAUAUUACGAGUAUUAAAGCUUUUUGCAAAUUAUAAUGUGUGCUUAGUGUUUAUUAAAUCAAAGUUGUAUAGUGUAAAAGUGUAAAUCAUAAGUGGAAGUUGGCAAAUGUUAAAAGAAAUAGUGCGUAUUAUUUUGUGUGCUGCAUACAUACAUGCUACAUAUGUAUGUAUGUUUGACUAUAUGCAUGUGCUGAUCGGCUAUUUGUAUUAUUAAGCAGUUGGGAAAGCGCUAGUGUCAAUAGGUGUUAAUUAAAUGUGAUAAAUAUGUGAAUGUAAUAAAAUAAAUCAAGAGAAUAAAAGUUAGCCAAUUAAAAAAAAUGAAGUGUUAAAAUUGUGUAGUUGUUUGUUGUUAUAAUACAAAAGUGUUAUACUCGCAGUCGGAAUGUUGUUGCCGUCGUUCGUGUUUUUUUCUCUUCGCUGCGUACGAGCGUUCGUUUUUUCGCUAAUUCAAUUGUGAAUGAAAUGCAUUUUGCACAGCAACAAACAUAUGAACAUAUGUACAUAUGCAUAGAUUUGCAAUGAUUUGCUAGGUACUUAUUGCUGUGGGAAUGUUUUAAAGUUAACCAAGUUAGUGUAACUGGCGCUCAACGUUCAGCAAGCAUUUCAUCGCGCUCUAUCAAGUGUAUAGGUGACACUCAAUCGAUCGGUAUGUGUGCACGCCGUGUUAAAACCCGCAAGCAAAUGUGGAUUCAAGGCGUAGCAAAAAGUGAUAAUACAAGCGCAAAUCAGCAAAGCGAAGAUGUUGAAUUGACUAUGAAAGUUCAAGUGGUGGCUGAUAUUGAUAAUAACUCGAAUGCUAGCAACGUUGCCGAUAUUUCACGCUUGCCGGAAUGUCACAUGCCAGCGACUACGACGUCGCCUACUAGUACAAGACAAUUGCUCAGAAAUCUGUUGUCCUUCACUUUGAUAACAAUGUUGUACUUGCUUUUGUCUUUACCCGGUCCGAGCUUAAUAGAAGCAGCUCCCGCGCCUUGGUCGAAUGCUUGUGGCUAUACGCUCGCAAAUGACAGUGCGAAUAAGCAACAUGUCAAUAGAACAGCACCGCGUGCGAAGAUACUUUGCGAACUACGUGGCAAUCUUACAAAACAAAAUAAAACCUUAAGACCUUUUAUGGGUCCUAAAAAUGUGUCAAAAGUAUAUUCCAAACACUCAUAUGCAUUUCUAAAAGUUGCCGGAAGAAAAAAUGUCACCUCUUCGGCCAACGACACACAUAUGACUUUCAACUUUCGGUUUUCGCGUUGACUUCGACAUUCCGACUCGUCACUACGCAAAUGCUACAUUACAA